UUUGUGCGAGCGCACCCGCAGGCUGCACCGCGGUGUAUUGAGACUUGAGUACGGAAUUCAUGGAGCUGUGAGUCUUGUAUGUUGCAACCGACCACUAGUUGGGUUUGGAUUUUUUUGUCUGUUACGAGAGGGUCGAAUGUUGACAAGGUUGCCCUCACCUCCCAUGGUACUUUUGUCUUCUCAUCGCUUCCACUGCCUUCUGGUGUUGCUGUGUGAAGGCCUGGGUGAUUGCUGCAGAAUAGUUGGUAGAUGGACAGACAGUGAUUGCAUAAAAUCCGACAAAGAGUUGAUGACGGUCAGUGAGCAUGCCGAGGCCUUGUGGAUGAUUGAUUUCUACCAAGUUUUGUUGCUCUGGUUAUGGAUCUGGGCGCCAAAUUGUUGUUGUGCUUGAACUCGUCUACUGCCAGGAAGUGGAUCUAGUGCAUGACAUUGAAUGCCUGUGACUUUGUGGAAGCUGGAGGGGGGAUGCAGAAAGGUCAGACGGGGUAGCUGCUGCGGUGAUCGGGCAUCUGUUAAGCUGAGUCUGUAAGAUAGCCUGUCUAUGCGGUCGCACGCCGGAGGAGAUUAGCAUCCACACAGUACAACACGUGUCUGCGGGAUCAACAAGGACUCGACAUCGAGCUGCGCCCACGCGCUGCUGUGUUUUUUGGUUGACUGUUCUGCUAUUCAGAGGAGAGUAGCGGCGGCAAAAGCACAAUGGGGGAGUGUGGGGAAGAGUAUGGGUACGGGGCGAAUCUGGAUUUGGGUGACAUUAUGGGCGAUGGGGAGGGAUUGCACGAUGAGGAUGUUAGCGAUGAAGAUAUUGACAUCGAUGAAUUGGAGAGAAAGAUGUGGCGUGAUCGACUGAAGCUGCGGCAAAUCAAGGAGCUGCAGAAAGCCAGGGAGCUCCAAGACAAGCCACGGCAGAAACAGUCGCAGGAGCAAGCACGGAGGAAAAAAAUGUCCCGUGCACAUGAUGGAAUCCUGAAGUACAUGCUGAAAAUGAUGGAAGUCUGUAAAGCACAGGGAUUUGUUUACGGGAUCAUCCCAGAGAAAGGAAAGCCAGUGGGUGGAAGCUCUGAAAACCUACGGGCGUGGUGGAAAGACAAAGUCAGGUUUGACCGCAAUGGCCCGCUUGCGGCUGCAAAAUAUGCCGCUGAACAUGCCCAGAAAAAGAUCGAGGGGACAGAAUCUUCAACGACCGCCUUGCACUCUUUACAGGAACUGCAAGAUACUACUCUGGGAUCACUACUGUCCGCGUUGAUGCAGCAUUGUGACCCGAAACAGAGACGCUUUCCUCUCGAGAAGGGUGUUCCGCCGCCUUGGUGGCCAACUGGCGACGAGGAUUGGUGGCCGCAGAUUGGCUUGCCCAAGGGCCAAGGUCCUCUUCCUUAUAAGAAGCCACAUGAUCUUAAGAAAGCGUGGAAAGUUGGAGUUCUGAUGGCAGUAAUCAAGCACAUGUCGCCGAACAUAUCCAAGAUCAGGAAGCUGGUAAGGCAGUCAAAGUGCCUGCAAGAUAAGAUGACAGCACGAGAGAGUGCGACAUGGCUUGGAGUCCUCCAGCAAGAGGAGGGGCUUUCGCGCUGCCUGAUGAGCGGCGAUGCCUCAAAGGGUGAUAUGAUCGAGGCUGGCAGCGGUAUGCCUGGCCAACCCAAACCAGCGUUGCCGGCACCGCCACCAACACUGAACACAGGGAUUCUGGCAGUAACCGCGGUAAGGCCGCCGAAUGCCAGAGAUGGGACACUUGCUGCGGGGACGUCUGGAAAUGACUAUGAUGUCGAGGGUUUCGGUCAUAUGCUGCCUCCCAGACAGAUCACGAUGGGAAGCGGCGAUAAGGGCGACCUGGAGCAACAGGAGGGCGGCGCCUAUGGCUCUGGUGAUGGAAAUCCAGGAGAAAGGGAGAAUGCUGGGGCAAUAAUCCCCGCGGCCGCGGCGGAGGAGCCUCGUCCGGGAGAGAGUAACAUCCCAAACAGUGGAAGUGGUGGUGAAGCUGGGGGUGGAGGAGGAGGUGGUGGUGGAGUUGGUAAUGGGGGUGGCGCUGGAGCCGAAGGUGGAGGGGGCAGUAGCGGUAACUGCAACAGUUCUGGGAAUGCGCUGCCUGAAGAAAUAGUGAGACCGGGCAACACGGGAGGUGUGGGCAUGAGUGAGAUGCUAAUGGCUGCCAGGGACAGUGAUGAUAUUACUGAGCAAGGAGGGUCCUUGAAAAGGCGGCGAGGUCCUGGUGGAGAGCCGGUGCCUCCAGAGAGGCAGCUGUUUGCAUGCCCCUACAAGCAAUGUCCACAUCAUGAAUGGACAAAUGCGUAUACAACACGCGAAAUGUGGAAGAUGCACGUUUCGUCUUGUCCGUACAAGCCACUUGAUGGGGGCAUUAUUGCUGGUGCCCAAAGCGUGAUGACCGACCCCAUAAGUGUGCAUUCCCAACCCCCCCCUAUUAGUCAGAUGGGCCCGAUGAGCCAUGCAGUGCAGCAGGGAGCUAUGGGUGGUUCUGGGGGUGAGGGUAUGUUCUCGAAGAGUCUGUCGGAGCUGGGUCCGCGCAUGCAGAGGCAGCAACAGUCGAUGGGUUUUAACCUUGACAGGGACAUGCAGCUGGGACUGCAAGUUCCUACACCGGUGAUCGGACAUCCGGUGCCGAUACCCAAUGGUAACCGGAGUGGCAACCGAGAGAUGAGUGGGUCGGCGAGCGCGCAUCGGCCAACGGUAGCGCCAGCAACGGAGGUGGGACGGGCUCAUCAACCUUCAGGAGGACCACCGACCCGUCACUUGCACGAUAUGUUUGCAGGCCUUUGUGGAGAGGGUGGGACUAGUGGCCAUGGAGUAGUACAGUCCGGUAGUCAUGGGGUGGGACCAUCCGGUACCCAUGGUGUCACACAGCCUGGGAACCAUGGUGUGGUUCCAUCUGGUCCUUUACAGCCUGGAAGUCACGGGCCUGUUUCAUUAGAUGUGGAAGGUGGGGUUGGUGUCCAAAACCAGCACCAUCAGCACCAGAGGCAUCCACAACAUCACCACGGCGGCAGCAACAACAAUAACAACAAUAACAGUGGUAGCAUGACCAAUGACAUGCGCUCCGGGAUGGGUGGAGGUGGCGGGGGGGGAGGAGGAGGUGGACCAAGCAUGGUUGGGAUGAACUCCCCUCGGCAGACUCAAGGGCAAGGUCAUGGCCAGGAGCAGGGACAUGUGCAGGGUCGCAUGGACGGGGAUAGAUCGGUAGGCCGAAAGGUGGGCAUGGACCAAUGGGGGGGCGGGAAUCAGUAUAACAUGUGGAUGAAGCGUGAGUCGUGGAAGAUGAGACCUGGUGCUAGUUCCGGACCUGGAACCGGAUCCGGCAUGGACUUCAUGCUUGAAUCAUCGUACCCCUUGGGUGAGCAACAAAGGCAAUGGCUGGACCAUCAGUAGACACGAAGUUCAUCUCUAAUGCGCUUUGUGUAACUCAUGCUGCUGAUGAUGAUCACGCGAAUCAAUUCAAAACGUGCGGUUCUCAAAAAGUGCGGUUUGUGAGUUCGCCAGAAGAGGAUCACGAGUGGACGCAUGAUUGUGUGAUUGGGUGACAAGGAACUGGAGCAGAGGACCGCCAAAGGAGAACACACAUUGUGGUAAUUUAGUGUUAGAGAUGGCAUGGCGUUGCGCUCAUUCUUGAACAGGGGUGAAGUAAUUACAUCUUCGAAUCGUGAUUAGGUAGGUGGAGAGUUUUUCGACGGGAGUCGAGUUGUAGGGAGGCUGUGUGUUUUCGCUGAAUACCCAGUGUUGUCAUCAUUAGCCGACCUUGGAUGGGUUGUGAAGGGCCUGCUGGCUUCGGUUUAGGAUGAGCAUGCUGAUCCAGGUGCAUGGGCGCUGGACGUCUGGCAGAAGGCGGUUGAUGUUUUGGCUAAUGAUUUCAUUCCUGGCAACCGAAGGUGUUGUGCUAGAUUAAGCAGAUGCUUAAGCGGCUAUCUGUGAAGCAUGCCCCCUGCUAGGUAGGUGUGACGAAGGAUUGGGCGGAGGGCAUGGCUGCUCAAGGGGUGUGCUGCUAAAGUCCUGGCAUCUGGUUGGCCUUUAUGGGCAAAACGAAAUGGCGCAUUCUAAAUGGCUUAAGCAGAUGCUGAAGCGCCUAUCGGUGACGGAACUGAAGACUGAGCUAUAGACCAGGCCUGCAUGGCUUGAUGUUUGGCAUGAUGCCUCUGUUCUAAAAGGCGAUGCUCG